AGCUUCAGUUUCCCCAGAACAAGCCCUCUAUGGAAACAUGUCUUUGACCAUCAGACAGACACGGUUUUCAGAUGAAGGCGACUACCAGUGCUUCUACAGCAGCCCGAAAGAGAGGGGGAAUCCAGAUUCUGCCAGUCUGGUUGUGACAGGCCACCCACCCCAGAACCUCACAGUGAAGGCCGGUGGUUUUCUCUCCAUACCGCUCUAUACCGCAGACCCAGUGAGGGUAACAUUCAGUGCAGGCCUUGGUUCAGAUGAGGUGCUGAUGCUCGAUGCAAAUAAAGGCCCAGCCAGGUUUGGGGAGCGUUGUGCUCAGAGAUGUGAGCUUCUGGCCCAAAACUACACCCUUUUGCUGAGGAGUGUGACACUGGAGGAUGCCGGAGUCUACAAGGUGACCGAUCCUGAGACCAACAGGACCAUCGGUUCUGUCUCUGUGCGAGUCUCAGGACUCUCUGCUGGAGCGGUGGCUGGGAUAGUGGUGGGAGUGAUGGUGUCGCUGCUGGUUCUGGCUGGCAUUGCCUUUGCAGUCUGGUGGCUCUUCAUAAGAAACACAGAAAACUCUCAAAAUUUAGAUUGCUUCCGUGCAGCCAGAACAGGACAACGUGGACAACGUGGACAAAGUGAACUACGUGAACUACGUGAACUACGUGAACUACUUGGACAACGUGAACACCGUGAACUAAGUGAACUAAGUGAACUAAGUGAACUAAGUGAACUAAGUGAACUAAGUGAACUAAGUGAACACCGUGAACACCGUGAACACCGUGAACACCGUGAACUAAGUGAACUAAGUGAACUAAGUGAACUAAGUGAACACCGUGAACACCGUGAACACCGUGAACAAAGUGAACAAAGUGAACAAAGUGAACACCGUGAACACCGUGAACAAAGUGAACAAAGUGAACACCGUGAACAAAGUGAACAACGAACGAUGUUGAAUCGCAAAAGUCAAAGGAACGUAACUGAAGCUGAACCGGAGUUCGUAACUAUGGACACACUCAAAGAAAUGCUGGAUCAACAAAAGACUAUCUAUGAGGAGGUAUUAAAAAGACAGGAGGCGUCAUUUAGGUGCUUCACACAAAUGAUCCUGGAUUCGACCAACAAAAGGAUUGAUGGAAUUGUGAGAGAGUUCCAGGACUUGAGUAACAGUCUAAAAUACUCUCAGAAGGACAUUAACAAAAUAAAAGCAACACAGGCCGUGGAUAAAAAUGCUUUUAAGGACUUAGACAAACUGGUAAAGCAACUUCACUCCACUCCAGUUCAGUCUAAUAUCCUCCUUGAGCGUCUCAAUUAUUUGGUGAACCAAAGCCGAAGGAAUAACAUUAUAAUUGAUGGAAUAACUUCGGAUCAUGGAGAGGAAUCGUGGGCUGAGGCUGAGAACAAUGUGCGUGAACUGUUAACCACCAAGCUGAAAAUGGAGGCCAACUCAAUUCAGAUCGAACGAGCCCAUAGAAGGGGUAAAUUCAGACGAGACGCUGAAGACCCUGAGGCAUCGUAGUGAAGCUUCUGCGUUUUAAGGAUAAGGAACUCAUUAUGGAAAAGGCAAGAGCACACCUAAAAAACACCUCGGUGUACAUAAAUGAGGACUUUUCCGAACGGCUGAGGAAGAAAAGAGCUGAACUUUUGCCUGCGAUGAGAGAAGCCAGAGCAAUAAUCGAUAACGAGUUGGCUAUUGACGCAGCAUCAUAUAGUAGCUAAUAUCAUUAUCUCAGAUAAAAAACAAUUGUGUGAUGCAUUCAAUCACCAUUUUAUUUUGGCUGGUUAUUUAUUUGAGAAUACAGCUAUGUCCUCUGGAAAUGUAUUUAGGUGUUGCAUUUCCAUUUUAUUAUGUAUUUUUUAUUAUCUUAACUACCCACCUUUAGUCUGUAAAUCCAUUUUAACAUUUUAUGUUUUGUCAAUCACUUGUAAAACACUUUGAAUUUCAAUUUGAUUUGUCUGAAUGGUGCUAUGUAAAUAAAGUUUGAUUGAUUGAUUGAU